CACAAAACAACAUUGCACUAAAAAAAACUAAACAUUUAUCUAAUAAGCAAAUUUAUAUUUUAUAAAACUAAAAAUAAAAUAAAGUAUUUUUUUUAUUAAAUAAUAAUUAUAUAAAAACAAAUAAUAAUAAUGUCACUUGGUGAUUCUGGUGGUUUCCUUUUCAGUUUGGAUUCCAGUAACCAAGAUCAACUUUUUUUAUAUCAACAAGAUAAAGAUAAUAAUAAUAGUUCCAAUAAUGUUACUAUUAUAAAUAAUAUUCAAAACAAUAACACUAAUAAUAAUGAUAGUAAUAAUCAACAACAACUUAGUAUAAGUGGUGAUAGCAAUAGUAAUGUUAUUGAAGCAAAUGGUGAAUUAACUAACGAUGGAACCACCAUCAUUAUUAAUAACAAUAGUGAUAUUAUAAAUAACAUAGACAGCCAAACAUUAACUAUGACAAUAGAUAAUAAUCACCUUCACCCACACCAUUUAAGUGGCAGCAAUAAUGAAAUAGUUUUAACAACAACUACUGCAAGUAAUGGCAUUGUUUUAAAUGAAAGCACUGGAAGUACUAAUAAUUCAACUGCACCACCUACCCCCUCAAAUACUACUACUACCACUACAUCAACAUCACCAAGUUUGUUCCAACCACAACAAAAUAGUUUUUAUGUACCUCCACCACCCCCACCACCCCCACCAGUAUUAGUUCCCCAUUAUCAAACAUUACAACAACCAUCAGUUAUCUACACACAACUUUUACAACAACAACAAAAGAAAUUAAGACCUGUCACAGAAAGAAGUCAAGAUGAUAAAAAGAAAGAGGCUUUAAACUUUUUAAAUUUCUACUUUAGAGUAUCUCCAAAUAAAAAAUCACCAACAAUAGCAAGAUCAACCGUUUUGGCACUAUAUACAAGUAAAAUUACAAUUGAUAAGAGAUAUAAACAACCAAAUGAUAUGGCAAAUCUUUGUGGUGCUGUAUAUACUUUUAUUUUUCAAAAUUUAGAAGAUGAAACAAUUAAAGAAUAUAUUACAUCAGCAGAAAAUGAAAGAUUAUCAAACAAAAAUGAUGUUAAAAAGAGAAAAAGAAAAAAGAAUCAUGAUAUUUCAAAUGGUGUUUUAAAUAACCACGACUCUUUUCUAACUUGUAUAAAAUAUGCAACUCUUCUUCCAUACCUAGAGUUUGUCCAUUCUAGUGAAUUAAGUGCUCAACAUUAUGGUAUUGAUUUUAAAUACAACCACCCAGAUUGGAACUAUAGCCAAGAAGAUCUUUUAAGAUGGGAAAACGAUUUGAAGGAUCAAAAACAAGGAAGUAAAAAAAUUAAUAGUGUUGAUGAUAAUGAAUAUGCAAAUAAUUUAAAUACACAAUUGGCCCAAAAUAAUUCAGCUUUAAUGUCAUCAUUAAAUAAUAGUACAAAUGGUACCAAUAGCAACAACAGCAGUAAUAACAAUGGUACACCAUCUUUAUCAUCAUCAGGUUCAAAUUUCAAAAAUAUCGAUUUAGAAGGAUUUGAAAUUUUAAGUCAAAAUAAUGCUUUUUCAAAUUCAAUUUUAAAUAAUAGUAAUAAUACAACCACUACUACAACCACUACAUCAUCUUCAUCCUCAUCACAAUGUAACACUAGUCAAUUUAAUAGUACUCCAUUCGCCUCAAGUACAGGUACACACAGCAAAAAAGGUGCUCAUGUAAACUACUUUAAGAUGAAUAGUAUCCCAGUAAAUGUAAUCGAAAAUAAUGAACAUUUUAUCAUCUAUGCAUUUAUUCCAUUCUAUAAACCAAAUGCUCUAAAAAUUAUUGUAAAUCAAAUGGAUAUCAUCUUAGAAGGUGUUAUCUCUCUUCCAGAUACUAUUCAAAUCCCAAAUGGUUCAGAGAUUUAUGUUCCAACCUCUUUUGUAAAUUGUAAACAAAUGGAUAUUCAAGAAGGUCAUUUUAGCAAAGUAAUUAGAUUAGCCUCGCCUAUUGCUGGUUCAAUUGUUGGUAAAAGAGACGGUGUAGUAGUUAUUAUAUGCAAGAAGGAAGACAAAGCAUCAACAGUUCACCAUCUUUAGAAAGAAUCAUCAAAAAAAAGUUCAUUACCAUUCUUUUUUUUUUUUUUAAAAAGUUUUUUUUUUACUUUUAAUUUUUUAGACCAACAGCAGUAGUAAUAGUAGUAGUAUUUAACAAAGAAGCAACAAAAACAACAUUAUUUUAUUUUAAAAAAAAAUAAAUAAAAAAAAUAAAAAAAUAAAAAAAUUGAAUUAGUUAAUUAUUAUUUUUAUAAAUAGUAAACUAAUAAUUAAUUUCAAUACUAAAUAUAAU